AUGGCCUCGAACGGACCCAACAAGCGCAAAGGCGCAUGGGACUCCUCUUCGUCCCUACACCGUAAGCGAGUGAAGAUACAGGAUGCUCGCACCCUGGCCGUCCAAAGCUCUGACACAGCUCUUUCGAAAACCGGGGAGCUCAAUGUUGCGGCCUUCGUUGCUGCUCGACAGUUCGAAAUCCGUGCUCUGGAGGCCGGUAUUCGGAAAUCUAAAAAUGCAGCUACGACACGCGCUUUUCAGCAGCUGCCUAAGAGCCUCAGGCGGAGAACUGCGAGUCAUAAUGUGAAGCGUGUACCUCGUCGAUUGCGAGCUCGAGCCAAGCGGGAGAUGAUAGAAGAUAACACACCGACUAUCACGGCACGGCGAAGGAAACCGACUCAGUUGAUGCGACUCAGGUUGGAAAGUGCUCGACGGCAUCAAGGCCUUAACGCGCGCUCAAAGGCAAAAAGACAAGCUGUGGCAAAGGCCAAGCUAGCACAAUCCCCUCAUUAUGCUGGUCAUGAUUCCGAAGUUGCCCCGCGCAUUCCAAAGAUAAAAAAGAACAAGCUCUCUCACCCUCAGAAACCAGCGUCGAAAUUCAGAAAGCGCCAGAUUUGUAAGACAUGGCUGCCAACUCAUAUGUUUCAUGCCAAACGGGCUCAUUUCACAGAACCAAAAAACCCGCUGUGGGGGUUUGCGGUUCCAUUGACACCCACAGAGAAAUGCUAUCGAACAACCCACCGUGCCAGCGGGGCUAGGGGUGCAAUUGCCUGGGACAUGAGCUAUAUGUCUACAAUUGGCCUAGAAGGAACAUAUACCAGCCUAAAAAAUCUUUUACGAGCGCUAGGUGUGAAUGGACAGAACGCGUGGGGAGGUAAUGAAUACAAAUGGAGGAAUGGAACUCGGAGCUUACGCGCCUGGGUUUAUGAGAGGGAUGGACAAAAGCGACCUAUUGCUCCUGUCCAGUUGAUUUGGUGCCCACCCAAACAAGAUGAAGAUAUAGAAAUGACAGAAGCUGACUCUGUCCCCAAGAAACUGCAAAAGUCAAAGACCCCAAGACGACGAAUGUUCCUCAGAGCCCACCCAUCUGCUUUCUUGCAGCUGUGGGAGGAGCUCCUGAAGGUGGCCAAAAUCCAGAAGCCUCAAGUGAUGGUUGAAGACCUCAGGUUCGAAAUAGGAAGUAUAGAAGUCGCGGGACCUGGUUCGACGGAAGCCUUGCUAGGUGCUUUGAAACCUUCUCUGCCCCAUGGUGUGGAUGUAUGGCCAGAAGGUUCACCAGAAUCCACCUGGCAGUCCCUGGCCGGGUUAACAAAUUCGGCUUCUUUACCCCGGAACGCACUUCUCUCCUUUAACAUUAGCGACCCACGUCUUCGCUUCCCUCCUAAAACUAUCAAAAUACCAAACUCAGCAGAAAGCCAUACUAAGUUAAUGGAAACAUUAGCUUCGUGGAAGCCCGAUUCGACUCAAAAAAUGCCGCCGGAUCUGUUUUCCCAACCUGCCAGACGCAAGGCUUGUUGGCAGCUACCGUCGCAAAAGGCAAUUAAUAGAAGAAAAUCCGAAGCUAGCCCAGGAGAAAAUGUUCCCCCGAAAUCAACUGACCCAAACAUUCCCAUAAUCCUCAUUGCGUCUAAUAAUACCUCAAAGAAUUUCAACUCACAAGGCUCCUGGACAGUUUUACUACCAUGGAAGUGCGUGACUCCAGUUUGGUAUUACCUGCUCUACUACCCCCUUUCUUCCGGAGGAAAUCCCCGGUUUGGCGGAAUACAGGAACAGCAACAGCUUGCAUUUGAGUCAAAGAAACCGUGGUUUCCAGGUGACUUCCCUGGAACCAGAGCUGGGUGGGAAUGGGAGAUCCGUGAGAGAAAAAGAGAGAGGGAAGCCUGGGAGCGUAAGCCCAAAGCAAAGCGAGUGGAAUAUAGCAGCGUUGAUCUUGGGACUGGGAAAGGUGGUGAAAUUGGUCAAGGUUGGGCUUGCGACUGGGAACGCCUACUCUCAGGGCCUGCCUCAAUGACUGCGCCAGGAGAGAGACAUAACCAACCAGGUAGAUCAAAAACAGUUGAAGCGGAUCUGAUUAUGCCUCCAGAUCUCAUCCAACUUGACCCCUUGACUGUUUCUGCCAUAAUAUCGAACUUGCAAAAAUCAAACCAGCUUCCUGCCUCAAUGGAAUCUCUCUAUCAGAAGCCUGCACUUGCAACUGUUUCCAUCACUCUCUUGAAUCGAGGGACUCCUAUGCGACGUUCGCGAAUAUACCGUCUCCCAACCUCAGAUCUAGAGCUUCGAUCAAAAUGGCUUUCCCUCUUAAAUCAAUCAGAGAAACCAUUAAGGAGGACAAGGAACAACUCUGAGGAACAAGCACAUUUACCAAUUCCACAGGAAGAGGACUUGCUGGGCUUUGUGACCUCGGGCAAUUUUAAUCUUGCCGCAGGAAAGGGAACGGGUAUUGGUGCCAUAUUGGUCAAUAGGAUAAUUUCUCACAGAACCCUAGAUGAGUCUAGUGUUCCCUCAACUGAUAAAGACCACCAAGAAGGUAGGCUCAUGAACAUAUGUAUUAUUAGAGCUGCUGGGGAGAGUGUUGGAAGACUAGGACGGUGGGAGGUUGCCUGA